AUGCCUUUCACCGACGGUGUCUCCAGCAUGAGUGGACGCAACAGCCGCGCCAGCAAUGUCUCUGGCAUGACAGGCUCCGUCCGCUCAGCACCACCACCAGUCCCAAAGGCGAACGACAUGUUCUCGAACGCAGGAGUUCUGAGCAUGCUCAAAACCAGUACCGACACUGGCGAUAUUGGUGCACUAUCUUUCAAUCAAGGCAGACUGCCAACGAUGCCACGUCCGGCUCACCAGCGUCGAGGGCACGCUUCCAGGCCAUCGCAGUCUAAUGAUCUGCCUCGUCCUUCAGGGGCCUCACACCACUAUCCUGGUGGCAACUCGCAUCAUCGCUACGCUCCAUCCCAAACGUCACGCAUCAGUGACAGCACAUCCUUCAUGCGUCGUGGGUCACUCACCAGCAUGCAGAGCAUGCCACCAUCGCUACCUCCGAUCCACAAUGGUAAGGCCCCACUGCAGAUGCCGGCACCCGUCUACGACACAGCAAGGGACAAUCGCUCAUACUCCAUGACUUCGGCUCCCAUCAGUGGUCAGCUUCCACGGCAUCAGUCAGCAACGAGUUUGAAGAGCGCGGGACAUGAGCCACGACAUGCUCAACGAAUGCUUCCAGGCAAUGCACCACCCAUGCCUGAGAACAGGCCGCCCUAUGUGUAUCCGACGCGUCUCAAGCGACCUGGCUAUCGCUCGCCUUCGCCAGCACCCAGUGAUCUUUCUGCUCAAGGGCCGUUCAUGCCACCUAUGGUACCGGGCAACGUACGACCAGUCGCGAUGCAACGUCCACCUAUGCCAACAUACAACAGCGACUUUGGCGCUCAGGACGCACAUUACCUCAAUGUCCGUCCGCCUCCGAGAGCCAUGAACAGCUCACCAGACAUGCCGUACGAGCAGCCGCAGUUUGCGUACAGACCCAAUGCUAUGAGAUCGGAUCCUGGCCUCCCCAUGGGACUCCCCAUGCCGCAACAGCGCAGACAGCCGAUGUAUGGCCCGCCACCAGCUCGCUCAGGAUAUCCUGGUCAGUACUAUGGCCCGCCACGACCUGGAUAUGCUGCCUAUCCCAUGCAGCACCCAUCAUACGGCUAUCCUGCACAACGUGGUCCGCCGCCAAUUGCAAACAUGAUGCCGAUGGCCCAUAACAUGUUUCACAACGCUGCACGUAUGGCACGCCAUCUGCCGUCGCGUACAGAUACACCACUGACCGAUAUGAGCCCACCAUCUUCUGAUCCGCCGUCUUCUGGUACUGCGCCUACCUCGUCGAGCCCACCCACGCCCAAGGAUGGAAGCACCAUCCAUGUGGCUGUCGAUCCACUGUUCAUCGACCCGGCCCUCACUGAUCUCCCUGAUUCGUCUAGUGAGCCUGUGCUGGCAGCCGAGUACUUUGCCUAUGCCGAAGGGCUUGAGAAGACAAUCGAUGAGCCAGACGUCGAGAUUGCACACCCCUCCAUGGCACCUACUGGCUUUGUACAGCGUGUCAAGGCCAUGCUCGAGUCUCGAGCGGCGGUCGAAGCAGCUGCUAGGAAGGAAGAUGAGCGUGACAGAGCUGCAGCGAUAUACGAUGAUGGUCGGCUGCAACAUGCUCCACUUGGCCAGCACGACAAUUUUGAGCUCGUCGAGCUGGAUGCUGCUGAAGAGUCGCGCUUCAUCAUCCUGGAGGAAUUCGAUGCACCUGUUGAGCUGCCGGCUUCACCAGUGAAGCUCGUCGAGCUUUCUACCACCCCUCCGAGGCCACAGCAGGAGCUGCGACUAACUCGUGAGAUGAUCAAGGCUGAGUUGGCAGCCUCGAGCACUGUCCAGGACUCUUCUGGAGAGGUCAGAAGCCCCAUGACCAUUGACGAAGUCACCAAGCCUGAGCACAACCGCCAGACGAGCAAGCAUACAUCUUCGUCGCACCACACGACAUCCAACAAGCAGGGAGAGAAUCCCAAGCCGUCACCAAGCUCUACCCUAGAGACGCCUGGUAUUCGACGACAACCUUCCACGACCGAGUCUGCACAGACCGCGUCGCCCGAGAUUAUAUCUGGCAUAGACUACGCACUUCGCUUCUCCGCACCCAUCGAUACCACAGUCACCACCACAGAAACGCAAUCCAAGGAUCCAUUCGUUCUGGACGCUGACACCAUCACACUUCAGCAUCAAAGAUCCAAGGGGCGUGUUACGCUUGUGCUAGAGCGCAAGCAAUCUAUUGAAGAGCGCGACACCCAGGCAGACAUCUCAGCAACCCCAGUCAGCCCAUUACUGCCAGGCGAGGAUGUUGCUCGAUACUCUGCAGUCAGUCCAUUGCAUACAUACACACAUGGCAUCGACGAGACUCUUCAUGCCGCCGAAGUCACCGACGAUGCUCACAGUGAGGAGAUCACGCAGACUUCUACAGAGGCCUUAUCACCCACCGAAGACAGCCUCCCUCCACCAACUCCACGCACCCCGAAGACAUACUCUAAAUCUGUCCAAUUGCCUCACAACAGUGUGACCACGACCGAGACGCCAAGCACGAAUCGCUACUCCCUUCCACCGGACCUCAGCACGGUGGCCGAGAGUACGAUGAACACUAACUCAGAGAUGAUCACCGAUGUUGCCGUUCGCUUCUCCUUGCCCACUACGACCAUUACCAUUGGCAAACCGCAGAUAGUCACGAUACCACCCAGUAGCUCACCAGAGAAGCCCGAGUCGCCCCCUCGGAAAUCGAAAGCACGAGGGCUACAGCCGAGAGGCACCAAUCGCAAUUCAGUCACCUUCGCAGACCAGGUGGCACCGCUCAACACCAACAAGUUGGACUCCCGCCGGGAGCCUUGUUUCGACGAACCAGCCAUCGGCAAGGGCAAGUCGAUCAGUCGACAACCUUCGCCUCUCGACGACAGCUUUGAUUCAGGUCGUGCCACAAGCUCUCGAGAAAGCACCACAGAGCUCCGCUUUCCGAACAAUGGCCUCAACAGUAGGUUUAGCAGCACCCACUUGCCAGGUCUCAAGGAGGAGUCCAUCGAAGAUAUGAGUAUCAGUGAUAAACAGAAGCGGUCAAGCCAUCGCACAGAUAGUCAACCACUCGCGCUACCUGCACGUAUCGCUGCUGUGAAAGCUAUGCAAGAACGUCGGCUGCAGGAGUCAGCUGAUAAAGCGAAGGCUCGCCGUGCUGCACGCCACUACAACCGCGCGCUGGCUGAAGCCCGCGACCUGCCGUCACUCAACUUCAGUCGAAUGGAUCUGAUCGACAAGCUGAAUGAAGCACUCGAGAUUCGUCCAAGUAAGUCGUUGGAAGUUGUCAGGCGCCGUGAUUUCUCUGGCAUCUACUGCCCUUCACCACAAAGACCGCAGAGCACAGAGCCACUACGUGAGCGUUACGCGAGCUUCUUCAGCAAACCAGAGGACUUCACCUUCUUCGAUAACCCAAGUAUGGACGAUCUGGACGAUGAGCAGGCCUACAGCGCUGGUAUCCCGACAGUUGAGGUUCAGGAGUUCACCCGCAUCGAAGGUGGUGAGCAGAAUGCAAGCAAUCCUAACAGCAAGCCUGGCAGUCGUGCUUUGUCUCCUGAAGAUCUCCUCAGCGUCGCUACACAAGUCAAUCGCCUCUCAAUCCCGUCGGUGACCGGCUUGUCUGACAAGAUCACAAGCAUUCUGCCCGCUCUACGCAACCUGCAGCUCGACAGCAUUCUUUCAAGCUCAGAGGGCUUUGCACAUGCACUGGGCGAGCUGCACAAUCUUGGUGGAAGCCGUCCGGAGACUGUACUGUCCACUCGCACUUCCGCUGGCUUCCGUACGCUCGCCGAACGCGCCGAAGAGAUUGUGCAGCAUGGUACGCAUGAUUCUGUCGUGCCUACCUCCAGACUGCUCCUCAUGAACAAGGAGCUUCCACCUCUGCCAGAGUCAGCUUCGGCGGACAAGGUCUCAGCUAUCAGCACUAUAGAUGGGAAGCUAUCAUAUCUUUCUGGCUCGGUAUCCGCACCAACAGAUCUUGGCAAGGAUGUCGCUCGUCCGUCCUCGGCUCUCGUCCGCCAGAGGUCGCCACUGAGCGAGGACGAAGUGCGCCAGCUUCUGCCACCGGAGAUGAACCCCAUCACACGCAGCAAGCGCUCUUUGAUCAUCUCCAGUGCAAGUCGACCAUGGAACCAGGACGAGAAUUAUCCUUGGGCUGGCAAGGACGUUCCCGUCGACCUCACAAUACCGUCAGAAACACAUACUCGUGACUCACUCAUCGGCGAGCUUCAUCGUCGCGCCAAAUCUGUUGACUUCUCCACUACUUUGCAGACCAUUGAAUCACCUGCAGGCAUCGACAUCGGAUCCAUUCUUACGACAGAUGACGGCACAGCAUCUGUUACGACCGAACAGGCAACUGGCGUUAGCACGAACCAUACUCGCACAAGCCACAACCGCAAACCUUCCAAGCGCUCCAUCAUCGGCAGUAUCACCAAGAAGAUCAGUCUGCCAGGCUACAGCAAGCGCAUAACCGACGACACCACCGCAAGCAGCCUACCUUCGCCACCCCUCAACUCCGACAGCAGCCAGCCCCACAAACCAGGCGACCGCUACCCAACUUCCGCCCUCACCCCACCCGUCAACCUCCACCUGGACGAAGUACGCUCCUUCUUCUCAGAUAACAGCUCAGAACGCCAGCGUCGUGCCCACUCCUCCUUCCGCAAACGCCUCACGGGCCUCAGCAAACAGAAGAUCAAACCCGUUCGCCUGGACGCUACCCGCGGCGCUUCGCAGGACGAUACUGGCUACGAUGCUGGGUCCCUCAACGCCGAGCAUGAGCGUCUGGGUGCUGUGAGCUCGGCCGAGACGGUGGAUGGAAUUGGGAUGGGCAAGGCGGAGUUUCGGAUUAAGAAGUUGGGGGAGAGGUUGAGGCAUUUGUGGGUGAGGGGUGGGGAUUUGAUUAGGAGUUUGAGUGGGAGGGGUGGGAAGGUGGUGAGGAGGGGUGGUGGGACGGCGAGAGAGGAUUGGUUGAGUGAUUCGUUGUAUUCUGGUGUUUGA